UUUCAGCGAGGGACACGGCAGAGCAAAGACCUGGAGAUUCUCCAAACUCGCAGCUCUCUGUGAGAUGACAGCACUCCCCUCCGGUUUGGCUGGUCUUUGAGAGAAUGAAAUUUAUCACAGUUUGCGGGAUAUUCUGAAGCUUACACCCAAAACCAAGGCUUUUGGAGCAGUGCUGGUUGAGUCAGAGGACCGGGCGCUUGGCACGCUGCUGGCCAGUAUCCCAGCCUCAGCCCCGACAGCAGUUCCAACCUCCUACUUCGAGACUGGAUUCUGUCAGGAUUCGCCGCAUCUCACAAGGAAUGGACCUCCCUGUUCAGUUUAUCACACGACUGGCAUUACUUAUCAAAGUGCAAGAAGGUGGAUAAGCCAAAGCUGAGAAGCACCUAAAAAAGCCUCUUUGUGUUCUUAUUUUAUGGAAUUCUCCAACCUACCUCGCAAAAUUUUCAUUUCCUUGAUCAAAAACACCUCUGGAGCUUACUUUGAGAAUGAACGGUGAUGUUCUCUAGCCCUUUGUAACAUCCUCACAAAACUGCCUGUUUCAAGUCCAACCUCAAUGUGCUGCAGCUGACUGAGACCUCGUGUCUUCUGCAAAUAGGGACUGGCAGCAAGCUGACAGUCAGAUAUGACUGUCCAGAAACUGGUAGCCACAGCUGUGUUGGUAGCCCUGGUCUCACUUGUUCUCAACAAUGCCGCUGCCUUUACUUCCAACUGGGUGUACCAGACCCUGGAGGAUGGGCGUAAGCGCAGUGUGGGGCUCUGGAGGAUGUGCUGGCUGGCAGAGAAGAGCAAAGGAGGUGCGAGCACGAAUGCCAGGCACGGGCAAGGGGAGGAGCGCGAGUGCGAAACCCUGGGCUGGGGUUCGGAGUCAGCUGGGUUCCAGGAAUCCCGCAGCACUGUCAAACUGCAGUUUGACAUGAUGCGUGCUUGCAACCUCAUCGCCACUGUUGCUCUGACUGCUGGCCAGCUCAUCUUUGUCCUGGGCCUAAUGGAGCUGCCUAUCAUUUCCCAGGAUACCCAGUGGUGGGAGGAGGCUAUAGCUGCCGUGUUUCAACUUGCCAGUUUUGUUCUGGUCAUCGGAUUGGUGACUUUCUACCGCAUCGGACCAUACACCAACCUCUCAUGGUCUUGCUAUCUGAACAUUGGAGCCUGUCUUUUGGCCACACUGGCAGCUGCCAUUCUCAUUUGGAACAUCCUUCACAGACGUGAGGACUGCAUGGCACCCCGGGUCAUUGUCAUUAGCCGUACCCUAACAGCACGGUUUCGCCGCGGGCUGGAAAAUGACUAUGUUGAGUCCCCGUGCUGAAAACAUGGACUUGAAAGGGGAAAGAUCUUCAAGGAGAUCUGCAUUGAAGUUGUCUUCUAUAAAUAUAUGCUAUAAUUUAAAACUAAGGGUUGAAAGACAUCACAAAGCUCACACUUGUGGGCAGAGGCCCUCAAUUAUUACUUGGAUGGGCUCCAUCUAUAUACAUAUGUAUAAAACACGUAAUUUUAUAUAUAUUAUAUUAUAUUAUAUUGCCCUCUCCCUCUGCUGUAUAGCACAGAAUGCUGGAUUGUCAGAAUCCUGACAGAGCAGCACAGCUACAUGUCAUCAGGGUCAGCUGCAGCAGAUGUAGAGUGUAAGCAAUGAGAAUAUAGAAAAGAGGCAACCAAACAUGUUUUCUCUGCCUGCAUAAAGUUAUCCUAAUAAUAAUGAAAAAGUCUAUAGGAGACCAGUGACAAUAGCUUUGGCAAUCUAAGAAAGCAGAAAACUGACUAUAGAAUAAGCGAUGAUUUUAACAGCUAUUUAAGUUUCAUGAAUCUUCAGUCCUUCCAUCCACCUCUCUUCAAGGAACUUCUCAUUAGCUGCAGCACCUGCUCCGCAGCCAUAGCAUAGCCCAGAAAGUAAGAAGCAAAAGCAACUCUAACCAUGCUAAUUGCAUAGAAGGCAGAAGAAAUAAGUUGCAGUUUUUCAGACAUUUCUUUUGUAUCCUGAGACAAAGAUUUGAGUUUCUCCUGUACGUAAACAGACAUGCCAUUAAAAAUAAAGAGGGUACACAGCUAGGAUUGGCUAUACACAUUACUGAAAGAUCUACUUCAGUGUUACGAGGCCAAAUAUCUACAAAAGAAGGACUCCCUAAUAAUCACAGAUACUAUUAACUUAAAUUAUUGUAAAUUAUUAUUAAGAACAGGUAUUUCAGUCCAAAUUGAUUUCUUCUCAGCUAGCUUUAACAUUUGCUGUGACAUUUUCAGAUUAGAGUGCUAUGUCAGGACACCUAACUCUGCCCACAUAAUGCUGGAGGAUGUAACUGCCUCCCAGGAACCCAAAUUAGAGACUAAGACACAUAUACAGGAUUAAGCAUCAGAUUUCAGACAGAUCUACCUGGUAACUUAAUAUGGGACUGAAAUGAGAAUAAUUAGUACCUAUGGAAUUAGGCAUAAUGUUUAUCAGCCUGACCCUGCAUGUGGUCUCACAGCAGUCAUGCGUAUGUAACUUCCAGGGAGAGAACAAAAAAAAAAAAAGGACAAAAAUUAUUGUGCAGAAGUUCUUGGGAUACAGCAACUAGAGGCAAUGACAGAUAUUUAAAAACUCUAAGGAUGCUACUCUGAGCAGUUAUAGAGAGGUCUGGAAGACCAUGAGCUGUGAAUGUUACACAUUCUUUAGGACUGUUGUGUCACUCCCAGCUGAGUAAGCUGCUUUUCUCCCUUAUCUUUAUUUCCAGCAUACUUUGUUCCACGCUUUGUUAAAUGUGAUCAUCAAGCUGGCUCUUGAGUUCUGUUCUGCACUCAGUUCUGAUGUAAUAAGAAACUCAACCCCAACUUCUGCUCUGCACCAUGUUCAAAGUGAGCAACACUCUGCAGAGACUGAUGCUCUGGAACAAUGUUUUAGUCCAUUGGGCAGAAUGCCAUAAAGCUGAAAAAGAGUUUCUUCUAGCAGUAGGUUUGUAAAAACCAACUAAGAUUUGUAUUCAUUUGCCUGCAUUACUUUCUGGAAAAUAUUUUCUAGAAAUAAUAUGCUACGAUUAAUUGCAGGGUUUUUGAAAAAUAAAAUAAUGGAGUAUUUAAAAGACAUUAUAUUAUUUCUUCUAAUAUUGCA